UUAUACUAAAAACUCUCAGUGGCAAGUGCAACAACCCGGCGAGGACCUUCUUGUUACACCAUCCCCAACUCACAUUUCAAGUCUCUCUCUCUCGUAUACUCUGAUCACAUCCAAUUUUUCCACUCAUCAAUGGAAGCUACAGUCAGGCUUUUGAAUCGCCAGCUCCUCACCAAAUCAUCUAUCCUCGUUAAUCCUCCUUGCAUUUCUUCCCAAUCUUCUCCAUUUCAUUCUCAUCUAUCUUUAACAAUCCCUCACCACCGUAAAUUCCAUCACCGCCACCGCCCUCUUCAAAUCCGCUCUUCCUAUUCACCAAAUCCAAAUUCAACCCCAAUCUUUAUCAACAAUUCUCUUCUCUCUCUUUCCUUUUCUCGUCUCUUAAAUGACCUAUCGUUUAACAAUUCCAAUUUCACCUCCAAUUUCAAGUCCAAUUCAAAUAAUCCCAUUUUCACAUGGAACAAAGCUGUCAUUAAUGAGAACAAUGCUGGUAUUUCGGGUGGCGACGGACCAGUUGUGACUGUAGUGUUGUUGGGUUGGCUUGGAGCACAGCAGAAACAUUUAAAAAAAUAUGUGGAGUGGUAUAAUUCAAGAGGGUUUCAUGCUGUUACAUUUAUUGUGGACAUGGGUGAGUUGGUUCGGUUUGAUUUGGGUGAGAGAGUUGAGAAGCGUGUCACUGGUUUGGCUAAUGAACUGAUUUCGUGGGUUUCGGAUAGAGAGGAAGAUGGUAGAGAAAGAUGUUUGUUUUUUCAUACAUUUAGCAACACUGGUUGGUUUGUGUAUGGUGAUAUUCUCGACAUUUUGCGAGAUAGAGAGGACUUGAAAGAGAAGAUUAAAGGUUGUAUUUUUGAUUCCGGAGGGGGCGAGCCGUUUAACCCUAAGGUCUGGGCUGCUGGAUUUUCUGCUGCUUUGUUGAAGAAACGAAGCUCUACAGCGCAACAAUUGGGUGAGAUGAGCAAAAUAAAUGGAUUAGAACAUCAAUCUGGCAACUCGAAGGAACCACCUUUGGUUGAAGCCAUGGUGCUAUCAUUAUUGGAGAUGCUAUUCUCUUUCAUACUGAAGUUGCCUGAUGUAGAUCGGAAGUUAAGAAGAACAAUCUCAGUCCUGACGAAGGAGCAGCCUAAUUGCCCUCAGCUUUAUAUGUACAGCACAGCAGACAAGGUUGUUCCGUUUCAAUCUAUUGAAUCGGAGAUGGAGGUUCAGAGGACGAUGGGAAGGAAAGUGUUAAGCUAUAAUUUUGAAUCAUCUCCUCAUGUGGAUCACUACCGAGCUUAUCCAGACACAUAUCAAUUGCAAUUACAUAAUUUCUUAAGAGAGUGUUUAACUGUAGUUAACCACACUUAAACUGUUAUUUGUGGUCCCUUAUUUAUCGCUAGGAUUACUGAUCAUAUAGGUUCACAAUAUUUACUAGCAUUGUAGUAAUUCAUUGAAGUGGCGACCGCUUGUGUUCUUUCUGAAGGAAAUGUGACAUGUAGGGUCUGCAUUUUGGAUGGAUACAGUUGAGAAUAGUUAAGAGCUGCAUUAAAUGGUUUCUUGAGAGGCUCAAUUUGUUGAUGAA